AUGGUUGUCGAGCUGGACGUCGAGGCUCUGCUCAAGAAGCUCACAAAUUCCGAAAAGGUUGAUUUGCUGGCAGGUAUCGACUUCUGGCACACCAAGGCCCUUCAUAAACAUGGAAUUCCCUCGGUUCGCCUCAGUGAUGGCCCCAACGGUGUCCGCGGAACCAGGUUCUUCGAUGGUGUUAAAGCCGCCUGUUUCCCCUGUGGCACGGCUCUUGGCGCCACCUUUAACACUGCUCUGCUCGAGGAGGCCGGCAGAAAGAUGGGCGAGGAGGCCAAGUUGAAGGGAGCCCAUUGCAUUCUCGGACCAACAAUCAACAUGCAACGCGCGCCCCUUGGCGGGCGUGGUUUCGAAUCGAUCGGCGAAGAUCCUGUCCUGGCUGGCCUCGGGUCUGCUGCCAUCUGCAACGGUAUUCAGAGCACUGGCGUCCAGGCCACCCCCAAGCACUUUGUCUGCAACGAUCAGGAGCACAGGCGCAACGCCGUACAAAGCAUACUAACCGAGCGCGCUCUGCGCGAGAUAUACGCCAUGCCAUUCCAGCUGACAGUCCGUGACUCUAAGCCGGGAGCCUUCAUGACAGCUUAUAACGGCGUUAAUGGUGUGUAUUGCAGUGAGAAUCCCGAUAUCCUUGAAAAGAUGCUCCGGAAGGAGUGGGGAUGGGACGGUAUGGUCAUGAGCGACUGGUAUGGGACUUACACUACGACCGACGCUGCCAAUGCCGGCCUGGAUCUCGAGAUGCCUGGCCCGCCACGCUUCCGUGGCGAGCUUCUCAAAUUCUCCGUCUCUACCGACAAGGUCAAACAACACGUGCUGGACGAGCGAGCUCGUGCUAUGCUUGUAUUCAUCAAGGAAUGUAUGAAGCUCGGCAUCCCAGAAAAUGCAGAGGAGAAGACAGGCGACACGCCUGAGACGGCGGAACUUUUGCGCCGGAUUGGCGGCGAGUCCCUUGUUCUGUUAAAGAAUGAGAACAGCGUGCUUCCGCUAAAGAAGAAUAAGAAGACUGUCAUCAUCGGUCCCAAUGCGAAAAUCGCAACCUAUCACGGCGGCGGCUCAGCCUCUCUUGCAGCGUACUACGCUGUGACUCCCUUCGAUGGUAUCAGUCAAAAGCUUGAAUCCGAGCCUAUUUACGCACAAGGCGCCUAUUCCCACAAGCUAUUGCCCUUACUGGGCAACGUAGUCAAGUCGCCGUCCGGGGAGCGAGGAAUGGUCUUCCGAGCAUAUACCGACCCCCCCAAUGUUACUUCUCGCAAGCCAGUCGACGAACGCAUCCUGACGAACACAGAACUCAACCUCGUUGAUUACUACGUAAUCAAAAACCCGCUAUGGUACGCCGAAGUAGAGGGCUCCUUCGUUGCCGAAGAGGACUGUGAAUAUGAACUUGGUCUCAUAGUUUGCGGUACGGCCAACCUCUUCGUCAACGGAAAGCUGGUCAUCGAUAAUGAGACGAAGCAGCGCCAAGGCGAUGCGUUUUUCGGCACUGCCACGGUAGAAGAAAGGGGCACGACCGAACUCAAGAAGGGCGAGACCUAUACCUUCAAAGUCCAAUUCACGUCAGCCCCCGCAUCCAAGCUUCAGGGCAAUAACGUCGUCUUCGGCGGUGGCGCACUACGUAUCGGCGGCUGUAAGGUCAUCGACGAUAAGGAAGAGAUACGCAAAGCGGCAGAACUAGCAAGAGAUGCUGAUCAGGUCGUUAUCUGUUCUGGUCUGAAUGCCGACUGGGAGACUGAGGGCCACGACCGCGACCACAUGGACCUGCCUGGCUAUCUCAACAAACUCAUCUCAACCGUCGGCAAAGCAAACCCCAACACGGUAGUGGUGAACCAAUCAGGCACACCGGUCACCAUGCCAUGGAUCAAUGAUGUAGCAGCCGUCAUCCAGGCAUGGUACGGCGGCAACGAGACCGGCAACGCUAUUGCGGACGUUCUCUUCGGCGACGUGAACCCCUCUGGCAAGCUCUCUCUGAGCUUUCCUAUUCGAGUACAGGACAACCCGGCGUUCCUGAACUAUCGUGCGGAGUUUGCACGUACAUUCUAUGGCGAGGACGUAUACAUCGGCUAUCGGUUUUACGAGUACAUAGACCGCCCCGUCCUCUUCCCCUUCGGCCACGGUCUAUCCUAUACCACCUUUGAGUUCUCCGAUCUGGCCGUCUCGGAUCAGAAUCACAACCUGAAGGUGGAGCUAUCAGUUAAGAACACAGGGUCCAUCAACGGCGCUCAAGUGAUUCAGGUCUAUGUGGCCCCCAGACAAAAAGCAACGAAGGUCAAUCGUCCCCUGAAAGAACUCAAGGGCUUUGGCAAAGUGGCGCUCGAGGCGGGGGAGACCAAGAAGGCAACCAUCAACCUCUCUCCCAAAUAUGCUGCGAGUUACUGGGACGAAGACAGGCACCAAUGGUGCGCUGAAGAGGGGGAGUACGAGAUCAUCGUUGCCGACAGCUCGGUCGUGACGGAUAAGGCGCUCAGGGGAUCCUUCACUGUUGCUGAGACAUAUUGGUGGUCCGGUGUGUGA